CACAACAAAUCCCGGCGUGCCCCGGGCGGCCGGCGGUAGUGGAGGCUUCUAGAAGGCGUGACGUGGGUCGAGAGCGGGCUCGGCGGCGGACUCGGUCCCCAGCCGCCAGUCGCCAGCCGCCAGUCGCCAGUCGCCGUGGCCGCCGCUGCGGGGCCGGGGACACGAGCGCGGCGUCCCGCCUCCGCGUCCAUGGCGGCGCUCGGCCGGCCCUUCCCCGGCCCGGCCCUGAGCGGGGCCCCGGACUUCCUGCCGCCGCCGCCCGCCUGCCCGGCCCGGGCCUGCCCGCCGCCCGCCGCCGCCGAUUCUCCCCCGCGCCCCGGACCCCGCGGAGCCCCGGGCGGCAGCGCGGCGCGCGGACGCGCCUCCCUGCACUGUAGGAAGAAGCACAAGCGCGAGGAGGAGGAGGAGGAGGAGGAUUGUCCACUCAGAAAGAAAAGGCUAACGGAAGCAGGGCUCGGUGCUGGUCCUGAUGCCUGGGGUCUCUGCGUGCCUCAGAGCGCCGAGAGCCACGGGGCAAAGCCCUGCACUGUCGGCCUUUCUGCACCAGGUGUGUCGGAAGUUACCUGUGAAGAAAUGGAUCAGACAACCGGAGAACCACAGUGUGAAGUCGCCCGGAGGAGACUUCAGGAGAUCGAAGACAGGAUAACUGAUGAAGAUGAAGAAGUUGAAGCCGACAGGAAUUUUAACCACCUUCCCAGCCUUGUCCUUUCUGACGCAAUGCAGACAGGUUUGAAGAGGGACAUCAACGAAGUCUUUACUAAGAAAAUGAUCGAGUCCAUGAGUCGUCCUUCCAUGGAACUUGUGCUCUGGAGACCUCUCCCUGAACUCCUUUCUGAGAAGCCAAAGCCGCCGUCUAAUGCUAAAAACUACCCAGAGAGCCAGACUAAGCGCACAGUCGGCGCUGCCUUCCCUCGGAGAACUGAGCUGUUCUUGGAACCUCGGCAGACGGCGAUGCCUGUUGACAGUGGUUUGGAAACAGCUGCUUGCACAGAAGAAGAGAUGGAACUCUAGAAAUCAGUUUGUACACUAAAGAUGUCGCAUUUUAGAAGACUCGUGUUUGUCCAUGAGUCUCCUUGUAUAGCAUAGAGACUUUUCUGUGAAACGGUGUGUCUCCACCUGUGGUUUGGGGUGGGAUUCUCAUUUUCGGCAGCCAUUUUUGGAUUCAACUUUUUGCCAAGGAAGCUUCUGUAAAAAGGGCAAGCAGUUUUCUAGGGAGCUUACGAAAGGCAAGUAUAAAGUCGCGUGUGGCGCGAGUGACGCAGGGCACCCGUCAUUGUUGUCUAAACCACUCGUACUGGGAAGCUGCUGUUCAGGCACUUGGGCUGAAAAAGACAGUAAGGAUGCUUCUGCUGAAUCUGGACCCAGACAGUUGAGUCACAAGUCUGUAGACAUGAGCCCCAUUUACAGUGGUCACUCUGCUUGGGGGAGAGGAGGAGGAGGAGGAGGAGGGGAGAAAGCAGCAGUCAGUCAUCUUAGGCCCAUUCCUAGGACAUUCAGAGGCCCUGGAGUUUGUUGCUGUCGAUCUGUUGCAGCUGCGAUGAUGGACAUACCCAGUAGCAUUGAGACUCACCCUCUGCCUGUGAAAAUGUAAAGGAAAGGUGUUGUCUUCGGGGCUUUUUUUUUUUUUUUUUUGCCUUGUGCUACUUUUGCUUUUUGGUUUCUCUUGCAUAAUUCACAAACCCAGUUACUCUGUAGUGUUGACAACGUGGUUAACUUCGAUUGCUGAAAAGGUUGAGCCAUGUGCAGAUUUUCUGUGGGAGAAGGUUCUCGAAGUCCCUUAGGUAAUUCCAAGAAAGUGCUGUGUCAGCUGUACCAAUUGACAAGCUUUGUAGUUAAAAAAUAAACAAGUGGCUCCCCCUGGAUUAGCAGGGUGAGUUUUGUGGUGACUGUGAGCAAGUGAUUGGUAGUUUCCGAGAAGGCCGGCCUGCCGGGCGGGCGCUCCAGCCUAUGCAGGAGGCCUUCAGCGUGGAAGAGCAGAUUCCUGCUAUCUAGCGGGGGGGUCUUGAGCUGCAGGCCCGAGGCUCGCUGUGUCAUUUGGAGAUUACUAGGAUUGGUGUUCUUCGUUUCUCAGGAAGAGCUCUUCUGUGUGGCAAGAACUCCUUAGUGCAAAGUAAGAUGGCAGUUUCUCUUAUGACAGAAUACCCACUAUAACUUACUAGAUGGAUGCAAGACUACGCCAUUGAUCACAUAAAGACUGCCCAAUUCUCUUAUUUUCCAGGCUGCUUUCCCCUCUGUAGGAACCAGAUAGCUUGUAUAGGGAAAAGUGGCUCCUGCCCGGAGAGGCGACCACUCCCAGGCCUUCCGGAAACCCCCGCUUGUUACAAGAUGGUCUAGGAGUCACAGGUCUGAUCAUUAGGACUGUUACUUCUCUUGCCUAUUCCCGCUCUCUCUUUCUGUCUCGAUAGUCAGGAAAAGAUUUAAUGUUUAAUAUUUAAACAGUAUUUAAUGUCUACAAGGUAAAAUUGUUCAGACUUGAAGCUAGACCAGUUGGAAACCAGCUAAUAACUUCUUGAUCUCAGAUUUAGAGAUGAAUGUAAACUAGGUUCUGUUGAAAUGUGCAUGUGUUUGAUCCAUGCUGUUUGGAAAUUUGCCUUUAAGUCAUUGUUUAAUGGGACCAAUUUAUAAAGCUUGUAGCCUUAAAGAAAGUUCUGUGCUAAAAUGUUCUAAUACAACUGAAAGACAUGAAGUGACUGCCUGGAAUUUGGAGUUAAUCCCAGUACUAAAGCUGAAAGGGAAGUGGCAGCUUUUCACAGGUGAACCCCAGCAUAGGUGAACCCCAGUAUAUGCUCAGGUUGCCGCAGCUGUGCAGUUUUCUGAUCAGAAACGAGCCCCCAGACAAGGCUCUGCUAUCGUUGGGAGGAAAUUAUGGUCUGUUAGCUGAAAACAAAUGAUUUCAGGCAUCAAAAUGACAUCUACCACAAUGAUUUCUGUAGAAAAGUUGCUGUUAGAUCCUUCUCUGUAGCCCUUUUCCUGCAUUUCUCAUCCGUAGCCUUCCUGGUGGGGCUUACUCAUCUGAGCCUUCUUUGUAGGUCCUCAUGCCUGGGUUGCCCUUUGGAGCAUAAGAAUUUUGCUUUUGCCUUACGAUUUACAUAGGGAACUAACAGGCCUCUUCAUUUUGUACUGUUUCUGCAGUAUGAAUCAAACAUUGGCUUAUUACGCUAAUGUGUGGAGAAAGUAAGUUACCUACACAGGUGAGCUUUAAUGAACAAAUGUGUAUUUUCUCUGAGUUUGAGUAGAGAGCGAGAGUGUGCGUGAGUGUGCGUUUUACUGAAGACCAGCUCUCAUAAACUUUGCUUAAAUAAAAAUAUUGCAGCUUACUCUUGAAAAGGUUCAAAUGUCCAGUGUGGAAAAUGAAGUAGGGCAGGGUGUGCCUAGAAACAGACUCGUUCACCAGUAGGCUCAUCGAUUAUUUUGGAUUUUUUUUUUCCUUUUCUUUCUUUCAUGGUGCAGUGCCAGGGAAGUUCUGAAAGAUGCUGUCAGUCUUACUUUUAAAUGAGAAUCUGCUAUUUCUGUAUUUUAUUAUUUUCAAUAAACCUUCUGUUUUGGACAUUUUGA